AUGGGCAGCUUCGCCGAUGCGGCAACCGUACAUACAAUCUUCUCGCUGCGUGCCGGCGGAGAUGGGGGAAUGAACACACUAGCCUCGGGCGAAGGAGGGCAGGGGAACAACAACGAGCUCCGCAUUCGCUGUGCAGCAGGCGACAAUGUACGGACGGAAUGGCCACUUGGCAAGAGGAGGGGAAGCGAUGGGGAGGGAGGGGUUAGCCGGGAUUUAGGGCCAGGGCGCUUUUCCCUGGCGCGCGGGCUUUGCCGGGGCCCUGGGGGGCUCGGAUCAACUGCUGAGGAAUCCCAUGGUUGCCAUGCACGUCUUGGCUUGGACCCAAGGGCUCCCCUUAAGGUUGGCGCGAAGGCAGUUGUUCAAUUGGGGGAAAACUCAAACCCGAUCGAUCCAUGGAAUGGGGUAGGGAUGGGUACCUGCCGAUGGGCUCGGAAUAUGGACUCUGUACCUGUACAUGCACAAGCACCUCGACCUGUUAAACAAUUCUACAGGUGCUGGUUAGACGGAUCGCCAGUGUAG